AGCUGCUGGGACACAGCGGUCCUGCUGUGCGCACUGCUCCGCGGGCUGCUUCUCGCAGGGUCUAGUUCAGGUUCAAAAUUAAAAGGUCCUGAACUGAAUCUCAAAGGCACCCAGCACGUCAUGCAAGCGGGCCAGACACUGGAGCUGAAGUGCAGGGGGAAUGCAGCCCAUUCGUGGUCUCUGCCGGACCUGGUGAGUAAGGAAAGCAAAAAGCUGAGCAUCACCGAGUCAGCCUGUGGGAGGAACGGCAAACAGUUCUGCAGCACUUUGACCUUGAACGCAACUCAGGCAAACCAUACUGGCUUCUAUAGCUGCAAAUAUUUAUCUAAACUUGCUUCAGAGACGAUGAGAACAGAAUCUACAAUCUAUAUAUUUAUUAAUGAUACAGGUAGACCUUUUGUAGAGAUGCACAGUGAAAUACCUGACAUCAUCAACAUGACGGAAGGACAGGAGAUCGUCAUUCCCUGCCGGGUCACCUCACCGAACAUCUCUGUGACUUUAGUAAAGUUUCCACAUGAUAUGCUGAUCCCUGAUGGAAAACGAAUAAUCUGGGACAGUAGGAGGGGUUUUAUAAUCUCAAAUGCAACUUACAGAGAAAUAGGCCUUCUGAUCUGUAAAACAAGAAUCAACGGACAUUUCUAUCAGACAAGCUAUCUAACAUACCGACAAACCAAUAUAAUCAAAGAUGUCCAAAUCAGCACACCAAGUCCAGUCAGAUUAUUUAGAGGACAUACUCUUACCCUCAACUGCACUGCUACCACUGCUUUAAACACAAGAGUUCAAAUCACCUGGAGUUACCCCGAUGAGAUAAAUAAGAGAGCUUCCAUAAGUCCACGGAUUGGCAAAAGCAAUUCACAUGCCAAAGUAUUCUACAGUGUUCUUAUUAUUGACAAAGUGGAGAACAAAGACAAAGGACUUUAUACUUGUCAUGUAAAGAGUGGACCAUCAUACAAAUCGGUCAACACCUCGGUGCAUAUAUAUGAUAAAGCAUUCAUCACUGUGAAACAUCGAAAACAGCAGGUGCUUGAAACGGUAGCCGGCACGCGGUCUUACCGGCUGUCUGUGAAAGUGAAGGCGUUUCCCUCGCCAGAAGUUGUAUGGUUAAAAGAUGGCUUACGUGCAACGGAGAAAUCUGCCCGCUAUCUGGUUCAUGGCUAUUCAUUAAUUAUCAAAGAUGUGACUGCAGAAGAUGCGGGAGAUUAUACCAUCUUGCUGGGCAUAAAUCAGUCCGAUGUGUUUAAAAAUCUCACCACCGCUCUCAUUGUAAAUGUGAAGCCCCAGAUUUAUGAAAAGGCCUUGUCAUCAUUUCCAGACCUGACUCUCUACCCCCUGGGCAGCAGACAGAUCCUGACUUGCACUAUUCAUGGUGUCCCGCAGCCUACAAUCAAGUGGUUCUGGCAGCCAUGUCACCAUAAUCGCUCCAGAGCAAGGUCUGACUUUUGUUCCAGUAAUGAAGAGUCCAUUAUCCUGGCUCCUGACAGCAGCGUGGGAAACAGGAUUGAAAGCAUCACUCAGCGCAUGGCAGUAAUCGAAGGAAAGAAUAAGAUUGCUAGCACCUUGGUUGUGGCUGACUCUAGAAUUUCUGGAAUCUACAGUUGCGUGGCUUCCAAUAAAGUAGGGACUGCGGAAAGAAACAUAAGCUUUUAUAUCACAGAUGUGCCAAAUGGAUUUCAUGUUCGCUUGGAAAAAAUGCCUACGGAAGGAGAGGACCUGAAACUGUCUUGCACAGUUAACAAGUUCUUAUACAGAAACAUUACUUGGAUUCUGCUGCGGACAGUGAAUAACCGAACAAUGCACCACAGUAUUAGCAAGCAAAAAAUGGCCGUCGCCAAAGAGUACUCCGUGACUCUGAAUCUGGUCAUCAAGAACGUUUCCCUGGAAGACUCAGGCGUCUAUGCCUGCAGAGCCAGGAACAUAUACACAGGGGAAGAAAUUCUUCAGAAGAAAGAAGUGACAAUCAGAGAUCAGGAAGCACCAUACCUCCUGCGGAACCUCAGUGACCAAACAGUGGCCAUCAGCAACUCCACCAUUCUAGACUGUCAUGCUAAAGGUGUACCAGAGCCUCAGAUCACCUGGUUUAAAAACAAUCACAAAAUACAGCAAGAGCCUGGAAUUAUUUUAGGACCAGGAAGCAGCACGUUGUUUAUUGAAAGAGUCACAGAAAAGGAUGAAGGCGUCUAUCACUGCAGAGCCACCAACCAGAAGGGUUCCGUGGAAAGUUCAGCAUACCUCACCGUUCAAGGAACCUCGGACAAGUCUAAUCUGGAGCUGAUCACUCUGACAUGUACCUGCGUGGCAGCAACGCUCUUCUGGCUCCUGUUAACUCUCUUUAUCCGAAAACUGAAAAGGUCUUCUUCUGAAAUAAAGACCGACUACUUAUCAAUUAUAAUGGAUCCAGAUGAAGUUCCCCUGGAUGAACAGUGUGAACGGCUCCCUUACGAUGCCAGCAAGUGGGAGUUUGCCCGAGAGAGACUUAAACUGGGCAAAUCACUUGGACGAGGGGCUUUCGGAAAAGUGGUCCAAGCAUCUGCAUUUGGCAUUAAGAAAUCACCCACUUGCCGGACGGUGGCUGUAAAAAUGCUGAAAGAGGGGGCCACGGCCAGCGAGUACAAAGCUCUGAUGACAGAGCUCAAGAUCUUGACCCACAUUGGCCACCAUCUGAACGUGGUCAACCUGCUGGGAGCCUGCACCAAGCACGGAGGGCCUCUGAUGGUGAUCGUUGAAUACUGCAAGUAUGGAAAUCUAUCCAACUACCUCAAGAGCAAACGGGACUUGUUCUUUCAAAACAAGGAUGCAGCAUUACAUGUGGAGACUAAGAACGAAAAAGUGGAGCCAGACCUGGAACAAGACAAGAAACCAAGACUAGAUAGUGUCACCAGCAGCGAGAGCUUCGCCAGCUCUGGGUUUCAGGAAGAUAAAAGCCUGAGUGAUGUUGAGGAAGAGGAGGAUUCUGACGGUUUCUACAAGCAGCCCAUCACUAUGGAAGAUCUGAUUUCUUACAGUUUUCAAGUGGCCAGAGGCAUGGAGUUUUUGUCUUCCAGAAAGUGCAUUCAUCGGGACCUGGCAGCGCGCAACAUUCUUUUAUCUGAGAACAAUGUAGUGAAGAUUUGCGACUUUGGCCUUGCCCGGGAUAUUUAUAAGAACCCCGAUUAUGUGAGAAAAGGAGAUACUCGGCUUCCUCUGAAAUGGAUGGCUCCAGAAUCUAUCUUUGACAAAAUCUACAGCACCAAGAGCGAUGUGUGGUCUUACGGAGUACUGCUGUGGGAAAUCUUCUCUUUAGGUGGGUCUCCAUACCCAGGAGUGCAAAUGGACGAGGAUUUCUGCAGCCGCCUGAAGGAAGGCAUGAGGAUGCGGGCUCCUGAAUACGCAACUUCUGAAAUCUAUCAGCUCAUGUUGGACUGCUGGCACAAAGACCCAAAGGAGAGGCCAAGAUUUGCAGAACUUGUGGAAAAACUAGGCGAUCUACUUCAAGCAAAUGUACAACAGGAUGGGAAGGACUAUAUCCCACUCAACACCAUCCUGACAGGAAGUAGUGGGUUCACAUACUCAACUCCUGCCUUCUCUGAGGACUUCUUCAAGGAAGAUGUUUCAGCUCCCAAAUUUAAUUCAGGAAGCUCUGAUGAUGUCAGAUACGUAAAUGCUUUCAAAUUCAUGAGCGUGGAAAGAAUCAAAACCUUUGAAGAAUUUUCACCAAAUGGCAUCUCCAUCCUUGAUGAUUACCAGGUGGACGGUAGCACUCUGCUGGUCUCCCCAGUGCUGAAGCGCUUCACCUGGACUGAGAGCAAGCCCAAGGCCUCCCUGAAGAUUGACUUAAGAGUGACCAGUAAAAGUAAGGAGUCGGGGCUUGCCGACAUCACCAGGCCUGGUUUCUGCCACCCCAGCUGUGGGCACGCCAGCAAAGGCAGCCGCAGAUUUACAUAUGACAAUGCAGAGCUGGAAAGGAAGAUUUCAUGCUGCUCUCCUCCCCCAGACUACAACUCAGUGGUCUUGUACUCCACCCCACCUGUCUAAAGUGGGGCACAAAGCCUGUGUCUAGAAGCACAUGUGUAUUUAUAGCCCCAGAAAACUAGCUUUUGACAGUAUUAUGCAUAUAUAAGUUUACACUGUUAUCUUUCCACAGGAAAAGCCAGCUGCUUUUUUGUGAUUUUUAAUAGUGCUUUCUUUUUGCUUUGACUAACAAGAAUGUAACCCCAGAUAAAUAGAGAAAUAGUGACAAGUGAAGAGCAUUACUGCUAAAUCUGCACAUUAUGCAAUGUGUUAACAGAAAUCCUUUCUAAGCCCAGUGACUGCCUGUACCAGCCUCUGAGACCUCAGGGCACGGAGGACUUUGGAUGAUCCAGGAAAUACAUCCAUGCAGCGUGGAUGCCCCUGGUAGCCCCUGAAGCUCUAGAACCAGGGGACACCCAGCCCUUUAGCUGCAGGGAUCACUAGCUGGUCUAAGCAAACUCUCUGGGACCUCCAGCAGGCAUAAGCAUGUAAGAGGGGAAAGGGAAAAAUUAAGGAGCUG